AUGACGGCUUUGAAGAAAGCUUACGCUGAGAUUAUUCUAAACACGGCGAAGGAAUCGGCGGCUAGGGUUAUGAUUUCCGACAGAAAAUCAGCUCUGUUUCAUCACGAUCUUUUUGGAACCAAAGAGGAAGCUCUUCGUUUACUUGUUCGAAUGAAACAGAUGAUAGAUGCUAAGACAAUUGAAGCAGAGAUCACAUCAUCAAACCAGCAAAGAAAGAUUGAUGUGCUUGAAGCUCAGCUUCAAGAGGCAGAAGAUAUUAUUACUGACCUGAGGUCAGAGUUGAGAUGGCUGAGAGACAAAUUGGAGAGAGCAAAGGUUGUUAAAGAGUCGCAGGCACGGAAUGUUGUAAACAAGGAAGAAGAAGCAAUUUCUACUCAGAACGCUGAUAAAGAGCUUGUUGUUGGAAGUUUGGAUCCAAAUCAAGAGGUUGCAGAUACUUGCUUCUCUGUCACAGUUGACACUCUUAAGAAUCAGAGAUUGUUGCUUGAAGAUGAAUGUGGAAAUGACGAGAAGGGGUUUGACGGGUUGAGUGUUAGUACUUUAAAGGGAUGUGAUGCUUGUGAGUCUGAAGUGGAUGUUAGUAUCAGUAACAAAAAGCUUGAGCUGUCUAGAAAUGGGUGUACGCAGAGGAUUCAUGCUUUGGAAAGGAAUGUUCUAGAGAGGAAACCCUCACCUUGUGCAAAUGAAGAGGAACAACGUAUAACUGAAAAGGAUAGUGAAGAUAACUUGAGCUCAGGAAAAGUGAACGGGCUUGAAACAGGCAUCUGGGGAAACAAAAGAUGUCUUGUUCUUGCUCUUAGAUCCAGGAAUGCAGAGGUCAUAACAAAGCCGUCAAAUGCAUUUGGAAUCAAGAGGAGUAGCAAGUCAUGCAAAUCACGAGGGAAGAGAAAGAGAAGGUGGGGCAAACGAAAAGCUACAUCGGUUAGAUCUCAAAGUCAGCUGAUAAAACCUUGUAAAUCUCAGUCUGAUCUUCCCUGUUCCAAGACAGCCAUGGAUAAUUCAGAUGGUGAAGAUUCUAUGGAAACACAUCGAUCGGUAGAGAGUGAAGAGGUGGAUGUCCUUAAUGCCUGUAAAGGAUUGGGAGAUCAUUUGCAGCAUAAAAGAACCCUAGACACUGAUAAUGUCGGUAUCAUCCGUAAUGGAAAAAGGAGCAAGAAUAUGGAAAACCUGGAUGGUAUAUCUUCCCGUGUAAAUCCUCUUGACCAUUUGGUGGAAUCCUGUGAAGAAUCUCAUGUAGUCUCUAUUAUUGUUGAGGAUGAUGAAAACAAGGCACAUAUACCUGAAAAUGAGACUGAGAUAAAGCCCCUUCCUCCUUUGUAUCCUGGAAUAACUUCAUUUAAAACCAAUGUGGAUCCAACCUCAGGAUACACAGAUGACACUGUCGUCAGUGCGAAUGCAGCAAAUCGAUCACCAGACAAAGACUUGCAAUCAAGAAAAGAAGAUGCGUUGGUAAAAUGUAAAGGUGAAGAAGAUAGUGUGGUUCCAUCUACCAAAAUGGGUUCUGAGUUGGUCAAUCUGCAUUCGGGCUCUAAAGUUACCGCAGUAGUAUCAGAUCAGAUCAGUGAGUCUCCAAGAGCCGAUGCAAAUCGACUUUUGAUGUAUACAUUUCAAAGGAAACGCAAGAAGGGAUCUUUAAACGUAAAUAAUGAUAAUAGUAGUUCUCCAGGGAAAAGAGAGGUGAAAGAGAAAGAAAACAGCGCGCAAGACCCAAUUAAAACCACUUUGAGUAAUGAACCAUCUAGCAAAACCCCCGUGGUUAGCUGA